AUGGGUGGAAGUUCCCUCCAAUUUCUCCUCACUUUAAUUCUUCUUUUGUUGUGCAUGAAACCAACUAUUGCAAAUUUUUUGGGGUUAGUAGAUACUCACCUUGGCUGCAAAGAGCAUGAGAGACAAGCUCUUCUCAAGAUUAAACAAGACCUUAUUGAUGACUAUGGCCUUCUUUCUUCUUGGAGCUCUGAUCAAGAUUGUUGCACGUGGAGUGGGGUCAAGUGUAGCAACCAAACAAGCCAUGUCAUCAUGCUCAAUCUCAAUGCCUCAUCCUUUCCCUCACUGCCUUUGCGAGGUAAACUUAAUCCUUCCUUGAUUGAGUUGAAAUAUUUGACUUAUUUGGAUGUGAGCAACAAUGAUUUUAAUUGCAGCCAAAUCCCAGUAUUCAUUGCUUCUCUCUCCAACUUAAUACACCUUGACCUUAGUAAUGCUAAUUUCGGAAGAAAUAUACCUUUUCAGCUUGGGAACCUUUCCAACUUGCAGUACCUUGAUCUUAGCUGGAAUUAUUUUAAUAAACCUGAAAACAUAGAGUGGCUCCCUCAACUUUCUUCUUUAAAAUUCCUUGAAAUGGGUACCGUUAACCUGAGCAAAGUUAAUAACUGGCUCCAUGUUGUGAAUAAACUGCCGUACUUGACAUCCUUGUUCUUGUACUCUUGUGAUCUUCCGAAUAUUUUCUCUGUUCCCCUUGUCAAUUCUUCUACUUGUCUUGAUGUCCUUGAUCUCUCUUAUAAUAAUCUCACUUCGUCUUCUUCAGUACUAGAGUGGAUGUUCAACUCCAACACUAGUGUUGUUGAACUUAAUCUCAAUAAUAAUCAAUUUCAAGGUUUAAUUCCAGAUGCUUUUAGCAGAAUAAACUCUCUAGCGCAUCUCUAUCUCGAUUCUAAUGAGUUUGAAGGCGAGAUACCAAAAGUCUUUGGUGGUAUGUGUAAUUGGAAAACAUUGUCUCUAUCAGGGAACUAUCUCAAUGGACAACUUCUUGAUUUUAUUCAUAAUUUGGCUAGGUGUGCAAAUCACUCGAUAGAAUUUUUGUAUUUAGAUCAUAAUCAAAUAAUGGGAUCGUUACCUGAUCUCACAACACUUCCAUCAUUGAGAGAAUUAUGGCUUUACAAAAAUCGUUUGAAUGGAACAAUACCUGAAAGUAAGGGAAAACAAUCCAACCUAGAGACUCUGUAUCUUGGAGAUAAUUCAUUGAAAGGUGUUAUUUCUGAAGUCCACUUCUCAAAACUCACAAAAUUGAAGUAUUUGUACUUAUCUAAUACCCUAUUAGUUUUCAACAUCAACUCUAAUUGGGUUCCUCCUUUCCAAUUAGAAGGGAUAGGGUUGGGGUUCUUGCCAACUAGGUCUAGUAGCUAUGACGAUCAUGCAAUUUGGAUGUACAAAGGAAGAGAGUACGAGUACAAAAGUAUUCUUGGCCUAUUAAAAAGCAUUGAUCUUUCAAGCAAUAAAUUAACCGGGGCAAUUCCUUCAGAAAUUGUGGAGCUUAAUGGAUUGAUUUCUUUGAAUCUCUCAAGAAACCUUUUAAUUGGAAAAAUCCCUUCAGAGAUUGGUUUGUUACGCUCAUUGGAAGCUCUAGAUUUAUCUAAGAACCAAUUGUGUGGUGUAAUUCCUUCAAGCAUUUCUCUAAUUAAUUCUCUAAGUUCCUUGAACUUGUCGAACAAUAACUUGUCAGGUAAAAUUCCAACAGGCUCUCAACUUAAUACCUUUAAUGCCAUUGCAUAUGAAGGGAACCCAAAUCUUUGUGGAUUUCCUCUUCCAAAGAAAUGUUCAGGAGAAGAUACAACUCAAAACCCAGUCGUGAAUACAGGUAGUGGCCAUGCUAUCAUUCAAGAGGAGGAAGAUGGGUUUGUAACCCUAGGGUUUUAUGUUAGUGUGACCCUUGGAUUUGUUGUCAGUUUUUGGGGAGUUGUUGGGACAAUGGUACUGAAUUGGUCAUGGCGAUUUUCCUAUUUCAAGUUCUUGAACAAUUUCAAAGAUAAGCUAUAUGUGAUCGGAGCAGUGAUUAUGGUUAGGUUACAGAGGCAGCUUCAAACAUAA